AUGGCUAUUGUGAAGUCCCGUGAUGUACACCACCACCAACCAAACAGUCCCACCAAGUACACCACAAUCAAACCAACAGAACCAUCACCUACACCAUCACCAACCAAACAGUCCCACCAAGUACACCACAAUCAAACCAACAGAACCAUCACCUACACCAUCACCAACCAAACAGUCCCACCAAGUACACCACAAUCAAACCAACAGAACCCUCACCUACACCAUCACCAACCAAACAGUCCCACCAAGUACACCACAAUCAAACCAACAGAACCAUCACCUACACCAUCACCAACCAAACAGUCCCACCAAGUACACCACAAUCAAACCAACAGAACCAUCACCUACACCAUCACCAACCAAACAGUCCCACCAAGUACACCACAAUCAAACCAACAGAACCCUCACCUACACCAUCACCAACCAAACAGUCCCACCAAGUACACCACAAUCAAACCAACAGAACCAUCACCUACACCAUCACCAACCAAACAGUCCCACCAAGUACACCACAAUCAAACCAACAGAACCAUCACCUACACCAUCACCAACCAAACAGUCCCACCAAGUACACCACAAUCAAACCAACAGAACCAUCACCUACACCAUCACCAACCAAACAGUCCCACCAAGUACACCACAAUCAAACCAACAGAACCCUCACCUACACCAUCACCAACCAAACAGUCCCACCAAGUACACCACAAUCAAACCAACAGAACCCUCACCUUCACCAUCACCAACCCAACAGUCCCAUCACCAUAA